AUGUAAAAAAUUCUUAAAUAUCCAUUUACACAUUUGAAUAAAUCAUAGCCCUUUUUUACCAAAACCAAAAUAGGGCUUGGCCUGGGGGCGGGUUUCUCAUAUAUCUUAUAUAGGCAAGGCAGAGAAAGGUAUCAAUAAAUGCAUUUUUCAUCGAUGUACAAUCAGAUUCCUGACACUGAAGCUUUAACAUAAGAAUACUUUGGAGAGAAGAAUUCAAAACAACUGUCUUUGUUUCAGAGAAUGAUCUAGAGUUUAAGGAGAAAGAUCAGAUUUAUGCAUUUGCUAUUAAAAUUUUUACCUUUGGCCAUUGCUUUGCCAUUUUCAUUAAUAUUCAAGGCCUACUUGUUUCCAUAUUGGCUUAAGUACUUGGUUUACACUCUGUAAUCAGCAGGUCCCUUAUGGAUAAAAUUAGGACAAUGGGCCAGUCAUAGAGGGGAUAUUUUCGGAGAGGAGAUAAUUAAGGCUUUAGAAUCAUUGAGAGAUGAUACUCCUCCUCAUUCUUUGGAGAAGACUAACUAAUAAUUUGAAUAAGCUUUUAAAAAGAAAAUCAAAGAUGUUUUUGAUGAGUUUGAGGAAAAACCGAUUGCCUCAGCCUCAAUAGCCCAGGUUCAUAGAGCUAAAUUAAAUGGAGAAUAUGUUGCUAUUAAAGUAAGGCAUCCAGACAUCAUAGAUAAUUUAGUGAUGGAUAUAAGAAUUUUAUAUAAGAUUGCAAAUUUUUUUAGUUAAACUUUGAAAAUCAAAUAAUUGGGGAUGCCUGUGACAUUUGAAGAAUUUUAGAAAACUCUUGUGAAUCAAACCGAUUUAAGAUUUGAAGGUAGAAACCUUAAGGUUUUUUGUGAAAAGUUUAAAAAUAAUCCCCAUGUCAUAUUUCCUAGGCCAAUUGAAGAAUAUAUUUCAGCAGACAUCCUCACUGAAACUUAUGAAGAUGCUAUACCUUUAACCUAAUUCUUGAAGCAGGAAAGAACAGAAGAGCAUUAUGCUCUAGCUAAUUUAGGUUUGAAAGCAUUUUAUAAAAUGUUGAUCUAUGAUAACUUUAUUCACGCAGAUUGUCAUGCAGGCAAUAUCAUGAUAAGAAUUAAAGACCUUCCUGUUCCUAAAACCUUUAAUGAAAAGGUUUAAUAACAAUUAUGGUUUCUUCAAGAUUCAGUCUAUGAAAUUGUUGAUGACUUAAUAGAGAAGGGGCUAACAAAGAUAGCAGAAUAUCAGACUUCAUCAUAGACGAUGGAUCAAGGAAAUAUGUUAAAAUUGAAAUAAGAAAAAAAGUCUGAUGAAAGGUUGUUUCAUACCUUUUUGAGAUGUUAAGGUUCAACAAGAAAGGAUGUUUAGAUUAUCUUUCUAGACCCUGGGAUGAUAACCAUUUUAAAUAAGAGUGAUCGCGCAUCAUUCAUUAAAUUAGUUAUGUUUGUAACUUUGAGAAAACCUUAUGAAUGUGGAAAGCUAAUGUUGCAAUUAGCAUAAUAUAACUAGAGAUAAAUCGAACAAAAAGUAUAAGAUAAAUUUAUGAAAGAAAUGUAAGAUUUAUUCACAAAUGUUUGUAAAGUACCUUUAGCUUAAAUGAAUAUAGGAUAGGUAUUGAGAUCUAUGUUGGAAAUCUUGAGAGCAAACGGAAUGUCCAUUGAAGGUCAUUUUGCAGCUCUGCUGACAAACAUGAUUGUAUUAGAGGGUUUAGCAAAGACUCUUGAUCCAGACUUAAAUAUAGUAGCAAAGGCAGCAUCCUUCAUAAUCCAUAUUAGAACAAUAGACAAAACGAUUGACGAAAUCAUCCAACAGGCUUUGUGA